CAACACACUUGAAGGCAACAGAUGGCGCUGCGGCCUAGGGGAGAAAAACAAUUUCUAACUUACUUGGUGCAGUUACCUAUCGGAUUUCAGUCCUGAUCGAUUGGGCUUGACCCUUAGGACCAUGCCUAGAAUUUCUAGAUCCUGAGGGUGGGGUCCGCGGAGUCCAGCCUAGACUGUGGCGAGAGACAACCUAUUCCUCUCUUCUUCGUCCAUCGCCUUUUGUUGAUUUCUGGCGAAAGCAGAGCUUUAAUUUUCCCCUUCGUUCACGUCUUUGACACCAAGGUCGCUGUGUGUUGCGACUCCCUCCGACUUGGUGCGCUUCGCGUGUGCAGACUUUGGGGACCAUUGCUCCAGACCGGGUCUAAGAAUAGUAUUUCUUACGGGCCCAAUGAACUAGCCGUCAUUGUUCACACGCAUGAUUUAGGUUGAUUACGGGGUAAUUCUAGUGAUCGAUGCCGGAAGCUACAAAUACUGGUCGCAAGUCAGGAUUCUGAGGAAGAGUGCACAUAAAAGCGUAGUCUGGUUUAUUCACAGUGUGUCUAGCUAACUCCGAGCUCAGAUUGCUGGAGCUCAGUGAGCAGGUCGGACGUCACGGUAGAGAAAUUGUGGUUGCAUCAUGGACUCGCCAGGAGCAAGAAUUGUUGUGUUUGUGUGUGUCAUGGUUGCGCUCUUCGGGGUGGCCUUCUCCGCUCAGAGCUGCAAUGUACUGUUGACCUCCAACAGACAAUUCACGGCAUGUCAAACGAUCCCAGAGGUUGGAGCUAACCUAGCAUGGAGAAUUCGAAACGAUAGUAGCAACGCCAUCGACUUUGCUUACUCCGGUACGGCCCCAAGUGCCAGUGGAUGGGUCGGCUGGGGCAUCAACCCCGCGGGGGCAGGAAUGGUGGGCACUCAGGCUUUGAUCGCGUUUCAAUCCACAACUGGCGCUGUCGUAUAUCAAUAUCCUGUCACUGGGGCGGUGAAAGGAGGACAGUCUCUCAUACCAGGAGACCUCACCCUCAACUUCACAGACACUUCUGCCGUGGUUUCUGGUGCAGAAAUGACGAUCUUCUCCACACUGAACUUGAAAGCGGGUGAUUCGAUGAGUAUGCAGUACGUCUGGGGUCAGGGACGCACCGUCGACCUGACCAACAAUGCCGUAGGACCGCACUCAAUUCCUAUCUCUGGUGACGCUGCCGUCACUAACAUCGACUUGUUAACAGCCCAAGCGUCCACCGUCGAACUCCCCAACCAAAAACUCAAAAAUAACCAUGGCUUGAUCAGUGCCGUGUCAUGGGGCUUGCUGAUGCCGCUGGGAGUGAUGGCAGCCCGGUACUUGCGUCCCAUUUCAGGCAGCAAUCCAGCGUGGUUCUACACCCACAUAGCAUUCCAAUGCACGGGAUACGUCUUGGGCGUGGUGUCCUGGGCGCUGGGAUUGAAGCUUCACAACCUCAAUGAGGGUGGCGCCGUUCCUUACAAGCAUCGCAACAUCGGCAUUAGCAUCUUCGCAUUAGCCACUCUACAGGUCCUUGCUCUGCUCCUGAGGCCCAAGCCGGACGCGAAGUACCGAAAGUAUUGGAAUAUCUACCACCACACCGUCGGCUACGCCACCAUCAUCCUUAUCAUCAUCAACAUCUUCGAAGGGCUCGAUUUGCUGCAGCCUGAGGACAAGUGGACAACGGCCUACGUCAUUGUGUUGUGCGUUCUGGGCGGCAUCAGUCUGAUCAUGGAGAUCGUCAUCUGGACCUUGUGGGUGAAGCAGCGAACCAAAAACAACAAGGACGGCAUGCACGGCAGCCAAAUGAAAGGAACCGGAUCUUACAGGACCGGACAGGAUGUCGUGUGAGAUCAAACGAUUUGCAUCAACCAGUUGGGUGUGGAGAGUUGCACCAGUAGAUGCAAACCGACCACCACCCUCAGGUCCCUUCAAAUCCUGUGGACCUCGAUCGCAACAUUACCAACUCUUACACUAGGGCUGGAGUACGUUUCCUUUUUUCACGACCAGAAAUUGAGGGUACUACAAUUUCUUGUUCAUAGCACUGUCGAGACCAGCAAUCUAGUCAUUCGUAGCUUGUAAAGAAUUGCGACCUGAUUCUGUUUCGGCACGUCUGCUUCGUUUGCCUUGAAGCCGACAUUUGUGAAGACGAUGCAUUCGCCGGUUCUACAGAGAGUCAUCCGUGAGCUUUCAUGCCUCUACUUACUACCCCAUAAAAGCAUCACCGAGAUAGAGCUAUCCAACUUUUCUUCAGCAGACACAUGAAUAGCGACCGCUAACUCAACUAAAUACCACCCACAGUUAUCGUUUGGUUUGUGUGAUUUUGCCGCUGCAGGCUCUGGUUGUUUUGAUAAGCUUCGCCUUACCGGCCAUUUUUGAAUUGUAUACCACAUUGCUAUGAAAAUUUCACCCUUAUAAUUUUGUCUAA